ACUGCGCCUGCGCACUGACCCAAUCCUGCGCUGCUGUUUUUUUGCCUUUGGGUCGAUCGGAUUUGCUUGGGAAACUUGGGUUUGCUCGGGGAAAGCAACUACCGGAGCUGCCGUGACUGUGCCGACAGACAGAGCACCGCAUGGCACAAAAAGCAACAUUUGCUAAAUGAACUAAGGUGCAUUCAUCAUUUGUAUUCGUUGUGCAUGCGAGGCGAGACCAUUGAUCCUGCGGUGGCUGAUGUUCUCCAGUUUUGAGAUGAUCUAUUUUUGUGAUGGCGAAGGCACUGUUUCCACGGGCCUGGGUAAAGAGGUCAUUCUAUUUCCAGGAUUAGUUUCCCGUCAAUCCAGGCCAGAUGAUCAAGUGUGUGAGAAGAACUUCACCAUGACACCUCUCACACUGCAAAGGAAGAACAGUGAAGCGUUCAAGAUGAAAGACACCAAGGAACGCAACUAAAACGGUUACAAAAUGUCAAAAGGUAGGAGGAGAGGGAAGAAUUUCGGUCGUUGGUGUUCAGUUCAAUGUCGAAACCUCCUCGGGGUUCUGAACAACAGGUUGCUCGGCAACGCGCGGACAUGAUACCGAUGGCCUUUUGUCUUUGCCGCCAUAGUCCGCUGAACGCUCCUGAGGGUUGGUACCGAAAACAGAACAGCAUGGCUCGUAUUUCCUUCGUAAGGGUGAAGUACUUGUUCCUCACCUGGCUGACGGUGCUGGUGGGGAGCUGGGUACUAUACGUGCAAUACUCGGCCUACACGGAGCUGUGCAGAGGACACCAGUGCAAAAACGCCAUUUGUGACAAAUACAAGCGAGGAAUCAUUGAUGGCUCGGCCUGUAGCAGCCUGUGUGACAAAGACACAUUCUACAUGAGCAGAUGUCUGUCAACGCUCCCGAACAACCAGGUGUACACCGGAAGUUGGGGGGAUCACGAAGGGAUCAUUCGCUGUCAUUUGGGGAAAGUGGCGCACUAUGAGAUUGGCGAAGAGCCGCAGCCACACCGUGAGGUGCCUAUCUUCGAUACUCCUACCAAAGGCACGUCGGUGGAGAAGUUCCGGGAAAUGGUUUUUAAUCACAUCAAGUCCAAGCUUGGAGAUCAGCCCAACCUCAGCGCCCUGGUGAACGUGAUCUUGUCCGUGGCGGACGGCAACAAAGACGGAAAAGUGUCCCUGCCGGAAGCUCGCUCCAUGUGGGCCCUCCUGCAGAUUGAUGAGGUGCUUCUGGGCCUGCUGCUUCAGGAACGCGGGCACACGCCGCGCCUCCUCGGCUACUGCGGCGACCUCUACAUGACCGAAAGGGUUCCUCACAAGCCCCUGUACGGCUUCUCCGUCCCCUGGCCGCUGGUCUCCUGGGUCCCGGGUGGCUUACAGCGCACCAUGGACCAGUGGUUUACCCCCUCGUGGCCUCGCAAAGCCAAGAUCUCCAUGGGUCUCCUGGAGCUGGUGGAGGACGUCUUCCACGGCACGUACGGCAGCUUCCUCAUCUGCGACCUGGCGGCGGUCCGCUUCGGCUACACCGACGGUCACGAGCUGCGUCUCACCGACGCCCGGGCGGUGGUGCCGGAAAGCCAGUUCCGGCGGGGUAUGCGGGCGCGGCGCUGCGAGACCGACGCCGACUGCGUGUACGGCGCAGACUGCCGGACGUCGUGCGACGGCGUCGUGAAACGCUGCAGGGAGGAGCCCGUCCGGCCCAAUUUGGCCAAAGCGUGCAGUACGCUGAAGGACUACCUGCUGCACGGGGCGCCAUCCACCCUGCGGGAGGAGCUGGAGAGGCAGCUGUACGCUUGCAUGGCCCUCAAGGGCGACGCCGGCCAGUUGAACAUGGAGCACUCGCUGCUCCUCAACAACUUGAAGGCUCUGCUGUGGAGGCAGAUCUCGCACACCAAGGACUCGUGACCGCGUCUCAUCUGACCAUGCUGUGAUACUAGAGCACAUUGAAUGAAGUGAUUACACUACUCAUCCAAAAAUGUCGAUUGAGUUCUCACCUUUUGCACCGACUUGUCCAACUGUUCAAUAAGAGCUGAGCAAAAGGAAUCACAAUAGAUUAACCACACACAUACACACAAUUGGGAAAACUGAAAACACUCCAAUUCAUGUGUCUUAAUUUGUUUUAAUUAAUUUGGGUUUGUGUAGUAUCAACUAAAUGUAAGGUCCCCAUUUAAUGUGAUGACUUUUGCAUGUUUAUUUUUGUCAACGUAGUCCUGCCUAUGUUGAAAGUUAGCAGGUUAGGUACUCAUGGAAAAAUGUCUUGUGUAUCCGUUCUAAUUCUUUUUUGGAAGUGUCAAAACUAACAGUGAUUCAUGAUGGUUUCGUUCCACAUUUGGAAGCCAAAUGCUUCUUCAUUGUCACAUUUUUAUUGGAUUUGGUACUCAGUGGGACUUUUUGGACUUUGCGAAGCAACUGGGCGGUCCAUUUACAAUAUAGAAGCACAAUGAUUGCCUUGUGACACUAAAAAGUGUUUCCUUCUCGGUUUCGGGCCUUGAGUAUUUGGACUACGCAUUAACUCACAGAUCUUUAUAAUCAUUUGUGAAUGUUAGCUGCUCGUUUUUUUCCUCGAGAAAAAGAACGAGCUCGUGAUCAUACUGCGUCCGUUUUAGCUUUCACCCAUCACUGUGCCGUAAAACGUGAAGUAGUUGUCCGAACGUGCCGAGUGAAGAUCCGCGGCUUCACUUGAAGGCGAAAAAUGCACGAGGUCCUUUGAAGUAACUUUUGAAAAUUCAUCUGUGGAAAAAGCUGAAGGAGUGUUCAAUGCUGCUGUGUUCAAACAGAAUAAUACAUUGCAUGAUUUUGCACAACUGCGAAUACAGUACACACUAUUUUGCUGUCUUUAA